CCAACGAACAGUGAGGGAGACAAACUUCCCCCGUAAAACAGAAAUCAGCUCUCAGCCGUCCUCCAUUUUUAUUUUUAUAAUUCUUCUCGAAUGAUUCACCAUCCCCGUGUACACAACAAACCUUGACAACUCCCCACUUCAAUGCCUUCUUCUCCUCCUUCAUCGCUCUCUCACUCCUCUCUCCCCUACAAUCCCACCCGCCGUGACUCGCCGGAGGCGUCUCUCUUCUCUCAUCGGAGCCGUGUUGCUCCGCCGCGGAGGGACGCUCCUGCGGAGAGACCCGUGCUGAGGAAGCGGUGUUUUGGAGUUCGAGCUGGUACUGGAGUAGUCGGUAAUCGGGGGGUCGAGGAAGGAGCGGGUGAUACGAGGAGAGAGAAAUGUAUGGUUUUGAGAGUUGGGCUUGUUUGUGGAGGUCCGUCUGCGGAGCGGGGGAUCUCUCUCAACUCUGCUAGAUCGGUUCUUGAUCAUAUACAGGGGGACAACUUACAUGUGAGCUGCUACUACAUUGAUUCCAAUCUAAAUGCAUAUGCGAUAUCCUCUGCUCAGUUGUACUCCAACACUCCUGCAGAUUUUGAUUUCAAACUUGAAAGCCUUGCCGAAGGAUUCGAGACAUUGUCAGACUUUGCAGAACACCUUGCUGGCUCUGUGGACAUAGUUUUCCCUGUCAUACAUGGUCGAUUUGGUGAAGAUGGUGGCAUUCAGGAGCUAUUGGAAAAAUCAAAUGUCCCAUUUGUUGGUACGCGGUCAGAUGAAUGCCGAAAAGCAUUUGACAAGUACAAUGCAUCAUUAGAGCUCUACAGACAAGGAUUUGUGACAGUGCCGAAUUUCUUAGUGCAGGGAACAGAGUUGGAUGAAUCUGAGCUGACAGAGUGGUUUGUGAGAAAUCAACUGGAUCCUAACCUGGGCAAAGUUGUGGUGAAGCCGACAAAAGCUGGGUCAAGCAUUGGAGUAACAGUUGCAUAUGGCGUUGCUGAUUCUCUUAAGAAAGCUAAUGAACUGAUUUCAGAAGGAGUUGAUGACAUUGUACUUGUUGAAAUUUUUCUUGAAGGAGGGAGCGAGUUUACCGCCAUUGUCCUUGAUUUGGGUUCUGCUUUUGAUUGCCUGCCUGUUGUUCUACUGCCGACAGAGGUGGAACUUCAGUUCCAUGGCAGUGCUGACGUGGACGAGAAGGAUGCAAUAUUCAAUUACAGAAGAAAAUAUCUUCCUACACAGCAGGUUGCAUAUCACACACCACCUCGUUUUCCUCUAGAUGUCAUAAAAAGCAUUCGUGAUGGGGCAUCUACAUUAUUCCAACGGCUUGGCCUACUUGAUUUUGCUAGAAUUGAUGGAUGGUUUUUGCCACCAUCUGCUCCUAUAUCUUCUUCAGAGAACAACUUUGGGAAAACCGAGUCGGGUACAGUCAUAUUUACCGACAUCAACUUGAUUAGUGGGAUGGAGCAAACCAGCUUCUUAUUUCAGCAAGCUUCCAAGGUUGGAUUUUCCCAUGCAAAUAUCCUCAGAACCGUUAUUCAACAUGCUUGUUUGAGGUUUCCCAGUGUAGCUUCAUACAACAAUGUGCCAAGUCCGUUGCCUAAACCUAGAACAUCAAGAUUGCCGCGACUCACUGAAGUGUUCCCAAAACGCCAAGAUGCUCGCAAAGUUUAUGUUAUUUUUGGUGGAGACACUUCCGAACGGCAAGUAUCUCUUAUGAGUGGAACUAAUGUAUGGCUCAAUUUGCAAGCUUUCGAUGAUAUUGAAGUAACUCCAUGUUUACUUGCCCCUACAAAUGGUUAUUCAUCCAAGACAGCAUCUGAUAACGAGGAAACGGGUGUGAGCUCCAGAACAGUUUGGUCAUUACCAUACUCUCUUGUGCUGAGACAUACAACAGAAGAAGUUCUUGAUGCAUGCAUAGAGGCUACUGAACCUACUCGGGCAGCAUUGACAUCUCAAUUACGGAACCAAGUGAUGGAUGAACUCAUGGAAGGUUUUAAGCAGCACAAUUGGUUUACAGGGUUUGAUAUAUCUGAUGAACGGCCAGUAAAGUUGACACUCAAGCAGUGGAUUAAACUAGCUAAGGAACUUCAGGCCACAGUUUUCAUUGCAGUGCAUGGAGGCAUUGGCGAAGAUGGUACACUCCAGUCUUUGCUAGAGGCCGAAGGAGUUCCUUAUACCGGACCCGGUAUAAUGGCUUCGAAGACAUGUAUGGAUAAAGUUGCAACAUCUGUUGCCCUUGACCAUCUUGCAGACUUUGGAGUUCUAACUAUAAGCAAGGAUGUGUGGAGAAGGGAGGAUCUACUGAGAAUGCCAAUAACUAAUACUUGGCAGGAGCUGACUGCCAAGCUUCAAUGUGAAACAUUAUGUAUUAAACCAGCCAGAGAUGGAUGCUCUACCGGUGUUGCAAGAUUAUGCUGUCCAGAGGACCUUGCGGUGUAUGUAAAAGCAUUGGAUGGUUGCCUUCUUAGGAUUCCUCCAAAUAGUUUGUCAAAGGCACAUGGAAUGAUCGAGAUGCCGAGCCCUCCACCAGAGCUCUUAAUUUUUGAACCUUUUAUUGAGACUGAUGAGAUGAUUUUCUCAUCCAAAUUCACAAAUGAUAAUGCGCGUGGUAUUUUCUGGAAAGGACAGAGUAGAUGGGUAGAAAUCACUGUUGGUGUACUUGGAAAACGUGGAUCAAUGUACUCAUUGACUCCAAGUGUUACCGUUAAAGAAAGUGGAGAUAUUUUGUCACUUGAGGAAAAGUUCCAAGGUGGAACUGGCGUCAAUCUGACUCCACCCCCGGUGUCAAUAAUAAGUAAUGAGGCCUUGGCAAGAUGUAAACAGCGCAUUGAACUCAUAGCAAACACUCUGGAGUUAGAAGGGUUCUCGCGUAUCGAUGCCUUUGUUAAUGUCGACAGCGGUGAGGUACUGAUCAUAGAGGUUAACACUGUGCCUGGAAUGACACCUUCGACUGUCUUGAUUCAUCAGGCACUGGCUGAGCAACCUCCCAUGUUCCCUCAUCAGUUCUUCCGUACGCUGCUUGAUUUGGCAUCGGAGAGAUCUAUGUAAAUUACUUGUAAGUUGUAAGAAUAUCUCAAUUGUUUCAUUCAACGCAUUUUGUCUUGGAUUCAUCAUCUGGAUUCUGUACGAAUGAAAAGAAAAACCAUUUACUUUUAGACUAUUAUAUUGGCUGCAUGCCAUGAUUCAGUAAGGGGAUAAUGCUGUCAAAAUCUUCGGUUUCUUCCUCUUUUUCCAGGAAUAUGUUGAGUGCUUUGAACAAUUGAAGGAAGCUGUAAAAUUUACUCACUCAGACCUGUAAAUUAGCAAGGCAGUAUACCUUUUCUUGAGUAUAAUUCAUCUCCCCAAAAGUGUUGUACCUCAGUUGUUCAAGUGUUCAUCACGAAUAAUGAUAUGACAAGGAAAAGUGGUUUCUGGUUUGAUUUUGUUCCAA